AUGUUUUCUAUUGGCAAUCUUUCGUCGUCUUCUUCGCAACCGGUAUACUUUGAUAUAAGGUUGAAGUCUCCCUAUAAAAACAUGAUACUCAUCCAGGGGACCCCUUUAGAAGCAGCUCCGAUUCCGUUAUCAGGUCAUUUGGUAUUUUCGAUACCGGAACAUUUAAAUGCCAAGAAGAUAUCAUUAAAAUUAUCUGGAACGUUCAAGUUGGAGUUUCUGCAGGUCGGACAACACAAGAAUACGAGUUUGGCUAGUAUUGUGAAAGAGCAGAAACCUAUUUUUGAAUGUGUGUGGGAAAACUUGUUAGUUUCAUCUGAGGGAAUUAUUACCAUUGGAGGCGGUGGUUGUAGUGGACCUGGGUCUGCUGGUCAGCUUGCUGACCAGCAUCAUCAUGGAUUGAAGCCGCACAUGAUUUCGUCGCUUUCCGCCAGCUCUAUUGGUUCGAUCCGCAAAUCGAAAAAAUCGCAUUCUUCGUUGGUCUUGGAACUUCCACAAAAUGGGGUUUCUGGAACGCCUUACAAGGGCCAAAUUGCUCCAGCAGGAACCUCUUUUGGUCUACGGGCCGGAAAUUACGAGCUACCAUUCGAAGUUUCGUUACCACCCGACAUUGCAGAAACCGUCGAAGGUUUACAAGCGGGUUCCGUCUUAUACAAGUUUGAAUCUCAACUAGAGAGAGGUGGAUUCAAAAAUGCGUUUUCCAGGUUCAAAUAUCUUCGCAUUUUCCGUACCUUGUCUGUUAACAAUCUGGCAGUUCAAGAGGAAAUGUAUGUGGGAAAAAGUUGGCCGGGAAAAUUACAAUACGAGGUUUCAAUUCCCAGUAGAGCCAUUCCAAUCGGUGGUAUAACGCCAAUUACGAUCAGACUUUAUCCUUUCAAGAAAGGUUACAGGUUGCACAAGAUAAAGGCGGAGCUUGUGCAAUACUAUGCUUUCCAGGACCAAGAUGGUCAGUUAUACGACGACGAAACCGUGGUUUUCCAGCAAGAGAUGUUUAAUUUCGAAGGUAUAACCGGCUGCGACACAAGAAAUGGGAACGUUCUCAUAGACAAAACGGAAAUUAUCUCGUCUAUAAAGCUACCGGACAAUUUGAAGAAGGUAACGCAAGAUUGCGACAUUGGUAAUGACUUGAUUCGAGUCAGACACAAGCUUUCUAUCAAGAUAUCAAUGAAAAGAGCUCGAGACGUAGCGGAAGGCGCCAACGCAAGCGCAAUCGCUGGCAGCAGGCCGGAACAAAACACGGAUAUAAAGGCCAACUUACCAGUGUUACUCUAUGUUUCGCCGCAUGUUCUAGUUAACGGACGGCUUGUUCUCGUGGAUAACGCGGGAAAAUUGCAUUUCAGAUCGGGCGGAAUCACGCCCUUGUUCGAGGACAGUCAGCGCCCUAUAAACGUCGGUAGCAAUGACGAUGACGUUCAAGAACCGUUUUCGAGAACUGAUUCGCUGAACAACCUAGAACGCAUGACGGAUGGAACCUUGUCUAUCAGCUAUUUCCCGAAACAGGACAUGGAAGCUCCCCCAACCUACUCAAAGCAUGUCUACGACAGACUUUACGACGCAGCGCGUCCGCCAAGCGAGCCGGGGCUUGCGUCUUUGGCGCGUACUGCGUCCCUGGACAGCCAUUUCCCGGCCCCUGAAGCCGAACCAAUUGGAACGCGCGGCGGCGAGAUAAAAAGACCCCAGUCAUCUAACGUUCUCAAUUCCAUGAUACCUAAAACUUUGUCGCUGAACAACCUGAACGAGGUUCCAUCCUAUGAACAAACUGUUCACGAAACUGAUAACGAGACAGGCCCUUCGGUGGACGAUCUUGCUCCGAGCUACGAAUCUUCCAAUCCACCUUCAAGGGUCGGUUCCCCGAUACCUGCUUUAGUUGGGCCCAAGCCUAGUCACAUAAAUGCUCGCAGCUUUCGCGGAGGACUCAAGAACUUUGUCAGGGCACGAAGCCCUGAAAUACGGCAAUAUUCUACAUCAAGUCCGCUAGCUCAUGGUAGUUUCUCGCAACUACAUGGAGUACCCAUAGAUGAUACUAUGCAAACUUCGACAACUCAGAACGAAUUAAAUCAGGAAGAUGAGGAUUAG